GUUUACUCUGGCGCGCUCAGCAAACGCGCACGAGCAAAUAAAAACGCGUCACGAACACGUCGCCUUCUCAUUCUGUGCUUCAAAAACUUGGGAAGAGCAUGUAACACCGGGAUAAAGAGAAAGGCUGCUUUUGAGGAACUCUCAACUUGAGACAAUAAUGUUUAGCAUUCAGGUUAUCUUGUACAGACUCCUGGCAAAAAUGCAGCGGCAGCUCAAGUGUUUCUUUCUUCUGGGAACAUUAUUGAUCACAUUCUUCAUAAUUUGCUGGGAUUCAAGGAGAGAGAGGACGUUUUACUGGCCAACUGCUUCAUCGCCAAAUCUCACACACCUCAAAAUGCAGCAAGAACAUCGAAAGCAUGUUAUAAGAGAGCUUUGCUCGACCAGCAGCGGCCUGAAUUUUGAAGAAAAAUUAAUGACAUUUGACCAGAUUCCCAACAAAGCCCUGGACCACCUCAUUGUGGAUGAUCAACAUGGUGUUAUAUACUGUUACGUACCGAAGGUAGCCUGCACCAACUGGAAACGAGUCAUGAUUGUUCUCAGCCAGAACCUGAAGGCACCUGAUGGAGCUCGGUAUCUGGAUCCUCUUGACAUACCAUACAAGAUAACCCAUAAUUCUACAGUGCAUAAGACAUUUAACAAGCUUUGGAUGCGUUUUGGACGUUUCGCGCGUCCUUUGAUGCAUCACAAACUGAAAAAUUACACAAAGUUCCUUUUCGUACGGGAUCCUUUUGUACGACUUAUUUCUGCUUUCCGGGACAAGUUUGUUAAGCCAGAUGAGUAUUUCUACAGCCGGUAUGGCUCCACAAUGCUUCAACGUUAUGCUAAUAUCUCAAAGCUCCCCGACUCCGCUCAAGAAGCCUUCGCUGCAGGUAUCAGAUUGUCAUUUACUCACUUUAUUAAGUACCUGUUAGAUCCACAGACUGAGAAGGAGAAGCCAUUUAAUGAGCACUGGCAGCAGAUGUACAGACUCUGCCAUCCGUGCCAAAUUGAGUAUGACUUCGUUGGGAAAUUGGAAACUCUUGAUGAGGAUACUGAACAUUUGUUGAAGAUUCUUGGGCUGGAUAAUUAUAUUCGCUUUCCCCCAGGGUACGAAAACAGGACAGCGAAAGACUGGGAGCAAGAAUGGUUUGCAAACAUUUCAGUGUCUGACAGGAGAAAACUGUACCAUCUUUAUGAAACAGAUUUUAAAUUAUUUGAAUAUGAAAAACCUGAGACACUUCUGGAUGUGUGAUUACAUAUUGCUAACUAAAAACAUUGAUUGCUUUUAGAUUACCUUAACGCCACAUGCAAAUAAACUAUUUGUGUGUGUGUGUGUGUGUGUGUGGGUGUUUGUGUGUUGGUAUUUGUGGUUUAUUUGUUGUUUAAUAAUAUGGUAAUGACAGUUUGAAGAUGGUUUAUGAGGACACUGCCAAUGUCUUGUAAUUCAAAAGGCUUACAAAAUACUAAAUGGUGUUGUUUUUAAAAAUCUAAAAUGCCACAAAGUUGGUGUAAUAGCACGCAUAGUUUGAAUAGUAUAAAAACCAUUACGCCUUUGGAGAGUUUCCAUAAACCACAAAUACCAACAGGUGUGUGUUUUGUUUAUCCAAUAAAGUUGGUGUAAUAUUAUAGAUACUCUUCAGACCGCACCUUAAGUGAUUCUUAAAAUUCACAAACUUUGACCCAUUAGACGUUAAGGAAGUGAACAAGUUGACAGUCAGGCAGGUUGGGAUUGCAAUCUAACAAUGCGCCAGUUAUUACAAGAACUUUCUAGGUUCUGUCAUCUGUUAUGCUACAAAUGCAGUUUGUUUGCAUACUUGCAUCUUCAAGGCCAGAUUAAAAUGAUUUAUGACAUA